UAAGUAAACAUUUAUCAAGAAAGGAAAUUGAAGAAUCCUGGUCAGAAAUAGUUAAAGGCGAGCUGGAUGGAUUUCCUAGAGAGUCAAUCACAAUGGACCAGAUAGCUUCCAAAGUAGAGGGCAAAUUCUCUAAACUGGUUGUCAUUAAAGGGGCUCCUGGAGGAGGUAAGACGACUUUGUCAUGGGAACUUUGCAAACGAUGGGCUAAUGGUAAAGUUUGGACAGAUUACUCCCUCGUUGUAUUGCUCCGACUUCGAGAUGAGAAUGUUCAGAAAGCUGUAGAAUUAGUUGAUCUAUUUCAAUGUGAAGAUACUGAUUAUUCCAAAAAUAUUUAUGCUAUUAUCCGAAAGAAUCAUGGGCAGGGCAUACUUUUCAUUUUGGAAGGACUGGAUGAGUUGCCACCAUCUCUUAGAGAAAAUGACUCUAUAUUUAAGAAACUAAUAGACGGACGUCUUCUGCCAGCUAGUACCGUGGUUGUUACCACUAGGCCCUGGGCUGUAUGCGAUCUACCUGUUACUUGUAGCUCAAGAGUUGAUCAGUUCAUUGAAAUCUUAGGUUUUUCUUCCAAACAAAUUCAAGAAUACAUUGAUCUAAUGAUCAAAGAUGGGGCUCCACCAGAACUACGUGAAUACAUUAACUCUAAUCCAUGUAUCUCUAGUGCAAUGUAUAACCCUCUUCAUGCCAGAAUUGUAGUUGAAGUGUACAGAGAAAACCAUGAGAAUAGCAAUAGCAUAAUCCCCAACACAACAACUGAACUAUACACCGAAUACUCUCAAAUUUUGAUUAAAAGAUGUUUAGAGAAUGAUUGGAGUGGUGAGCUGAGUGAGUUACCUUCAUCACUUCAGGAACAUUUUGAUAAGCCUUGCCAAAUUGCGUACAAAGGAAUAACAAAAGAAAAACAACAAUUGGUUUUCUUCAAGGAAGAUGUUGUUGAUGCUAACACACUUGGAUUCAUGAACAGUGUACAUCCUUUACAUAAGAAAAGCAACAGUUCUCCAUCUUACAAUUUCCUUCAUCUAACACUUCAAGAGUUCCUCGCUGCAUUUUAUAUCUGGAAAAAUAAAACCCCACACGACCAGUUACUCUUGUUUGAAACAAAGGCUGAUGAUGGAUCAUACAAGAUGAUUCUAUUGUUUUUAGCUGGAUUGACUAAACUGAAUGACCCAUGGACACAGUGUGUACUUCCAACUCCUUAUAUAUAUGUGUACAGUAGACUCUCGUUAAUCCGGUCACCCUUGGGACCAUGCAGCUUGGCCGGAAUAGCGAGGUGGCUGCAUCUCAGUAAAUAGCCGCGGCUUAAAAACGACCUUACCUCGAAUCUAAUGACUACUUUUGCGGUUCUUGUCUCGAGGAUAAUGUAGGAUAAUGAAUCAUUUUGUUCUCUAUUUAAGUGUAAUUCAAUUUUAUUUGCUAAACCACACCCAAAACGUCAUAUCCGGCCGUAAUACACGUAUUAAAGUACAUUGAAAACCUUGUUUGGGACAGCCAGCACUGGCCGGUAAACGGAAUAGCGAGUGGCCGUACUUCAGGUCGAGUUUUGUGCAGUAAACAUAUAGCUAGCAUUCCGUGCCAAGCCAAAUGGCCGGUAUAUCGAGGUGGCCGUACUUCAGGGAGCUGGAAUAGCGAGAGUCUACUCUACUAUGAGGAAGGAUCGUCAAAAGCCGAGAGAAUGUGUAGUUUUAGUAUUUAUUUUUACUUCUAAUUCUAACGUUCUAACAUGCUUAACAGAACAUAAUCUUUAUUCACUGACACACACUUUACAGU